CGUCUGUGGUGAAUAAGUCACAAAAAAAAUAAAAAUUUGCCGAGCCGAAUUGAGAGUCUGAGAGAGUUUAAACUUUAAAUACAAAUAUUUAAAUUUUAAAAGUUUUCGGUGGUUGUCAAGAGAACUGAAAUAAAAUAACUAAAGAUAAACUUUAAUAUUAAGUAUAUUUUAUCGUAGACUAUCACAUUUACUUCUUUUAACAUCAGUGGAAGUUUGAACUAUGGAAUUCAUUGAGGCUAUACCGGUUACUUUUAAAGAAAUCACGCCGAAUCAUAAUAUUCCAGAGAAAUGGAAAGAAGUUGUCUUAAAUACAGGUGGCACACACAGUACACUGCAAGAUAUUAAACUUCCUCAAAAAGCUGGUGGUUAUUGGUACAGAGACUCUAAAAAGGCUAAUACAAGAAAUCGAUUUAUUUAUUGGCAAACAACGUCUGAUUCUAUCGAACUAUCAGAAGCUUCAUUAGAUGUGAAUCUGGCUGGAUGCAAUUUGAGGUGUAAGGUAGCCCCAGGGACUCCACCUUUAAAUAAUGUAUCGUUUUAUGAGAGGACAUCGUCUCAGCAAGUUGUCAUACUCGCUGCUACUGUGGCUUCUGUACAUCGUCUAGUGUUUCCGCAUCCUGAUGUCUUAGAUUUUAGGUUAGACAGAAAGUCAUCUUUUGGAUCAAUGGGCAAUAUGACACCAUCUAUAUUUAUUGAUACAAAUGCAAUAAAUAAUCCUAACAAUUAUUAUAUUCUCAAUCAGUAUUCAAAUACAAAUACAGCUGUAGCACACUCCUGUGCAUCCAUGCUGAGAGACAAUGGUGAGGCAGUUUUUGCCUUGGCAUUUGGCUAUGGCGGUGAAGGAGGGCUUCUAUUAAUCAAACUCCCAGUCACUGGGUCUGCAGUCACCAUACCACUUAAACGGGAAUCUACAGUGCCUAGAUUCUUGCAUGGGAUCACUGGAGCAUUGAGAGGUAAAAGCGACGGUGUUGACACAUACGGAGUGGUGCUCAUUAACGGGCUGGCGGUUGCCAUUUGUGGAGACACUUGUCUUCGCGCUUGGCUGUUAGAUGAUGGAGGAGCGCCAACCGCUGUCUCCCCACCAUUGUCACAGACCAUGGAUAAACCCAAACCGCCCCCCCACGGCCAUAUGCUGCAGUAUACAACUGCAUUGGAUGGGAGCGCACUACUGGUGGCAUACAUAUCUUUCCCAAAUGAAUGUGAAUUCAUGGUCAUGAAAAUGCAUGAUGGCGGCGCUGGUGCCGUCAAAUUCUCACAGAUAUGCCGAUUAUUUGGUCCCCAGCUGGAUCUCCUGGAUUAUUCAAUUGGCUAUGGCGAGGGUAGCCACGUUCUAUGGGCGCUGUGGACUCAACCAGAUGGCGACGCUGUUGUGACGAGCAGCGUGAUAGGCGCGGAGGUGAGCUGGCGCGCGGUGGCAGCGCGCGAGCCGCUGUCGGCGCUGCCGCAGCUGGCGUCGCACCAGCAGUACCGCGACCGGCUGCUCACGCCGGGCCUGUUCCCGCCGGCGCUUGUGAAGAAGGCUCUCGUGAUAUACCGGCGGACGUGGGGCGGCGCGGAGACGGGGGUAGACGGCGAUCUGCGCGAGUCUUGCAUGGGUGCAGUGCAGGCACGCAUGCGGAACCUCACCGCGCGCUCCAGCACACUUGACCACUCGCAGCUGAUGCACAAAUGCUGGUCAGAUUUAUACAGCUGGUGCAUGCAAUAUAUGGAAGGGUUGCAGAAACCACUCGGCCUUAUGGUGUCGAAACAUAGUGGCGAGGCGGAGAGCGGGUGGUGGUGCGCGGUGGUGCGCCGCUCGGGCGUUUCGCUGGUGCGACAGCUGGAGCCGCUGGAGCGCAUCAUGCUGUCGCCCGCGCCGGAGGACACGCUGCCCGACGCGCGCGCGGCCAUGGGCGGCGACAGCACGGGCGAGCUGUCGGCGGACGCGGUGCGCGUGGUGGUGGCGGGCGCGCGCUGGGAGCGGGCCGCCAGCGCGCCGGGCGCCGCCGACCUGGAGCGCCGGCUGUUCGCGUGCGCGGCGCCGCUCGACCGCCUGCUGCCCCGCCUCAUCUACCUGCUGCAAGCCGCCACGCCGCAGGACCAUCCCGCGCCAACUUUGUCACCAGAGCAAAUUGAUGAAAUCACAUCAAUUUUGGAACCUAUCAGGGAUUUGCAGAAUGCAGUACUCGAAUUGAAUGACGCGUUAAAAUUGGAUGUGCCCGAAAUUGAUACAUGCAAAAGUGACGAUGAAGAAACCAGUGAAUACGAUAACUUGUUCGCUAGUGACUUGGGCGUGGCUAUAGUUACCGAGGCUAUACGUCAAAUGGCUGAAAUGAGAUCGCGCGUGGUACGCGGGGCCAUGGCAGCGAUGGGGCUAGCGCGCGGAGCGGGCGGCGUGCCGGGCGCGGGCCACUGCGCCGUGCACUGGCAGGCCUACCGCGCGCUCCUGUGGCUGCGAGCGGCCACGCUCAUGCGCCCCGCGGCGGGGUCGUCGGAGGCGUUCCGGCUGAAGCUGACGGCGCUGCGCGGCGAGAGCGCGGAGAGCGCGUGCGCGGCGGACGGCGCGGGCGGCGCGGCGGCGGCGUACGCGGCGGCGGCGGGCGGGCGGCGCGCGCGCACGCACCUCGCGGCCGCGCGCGCGCCCACGCACUGGCACCAGGCGCUGCCGCUGAUGGCUUACCACCUCGCGCACCAGCUUUGGGCAGUGAGCGGCGGGUUCGAGUUCGGUUGGUGGUUGGCCUCCAUCAACCAGCCGCGCCUCGUGCAGAGCUACGUGGCGCUGUUGGAGCCCUGGUGCGAGUGGAACGCUUGCUCGCGUCAGUUUAUCCUGGGCCUGGCUCUGCUGGAGCUGGAGGACCCAGAAGGCGCGUACACGGCCUUCUGUCGCGCGGCGAAGGGCGUGAGCACGGAGCCCUUCCUGCGCAACUUGGUGGCCACGCCCGACGCGCGGCUCACGCAGCAUCAGGCGCUGGUGCUUUACUAUAUGAAGGUAAUAAAAUUGUUCGAGAUACAUGACGCAGGCGCUUGCGUUGUGAGACUUGCAGAAACCGCUAUAAGCAUCGCCGAUAAAGAUGAUCCUAAUUUGGCGACGUUCCAGUGGGUAGUGUUCAAGUGGCACCUGUCGGGCGGGCGCGUGUCGCGCGCGCUCAGUGCUGCGGCCGCCAACCCCGCGCCGCAUGCUCGCGCCGCCGCCGCCGCCACGCUGCUGACCACGCUCGCGGAGCGCAAGCAGCUGGGCGCGCUGGUGUCGUGCGGCGCGCUGGCGGCGGAGGCGGAGCGCGCGGCGGCGGCGCGCGCCAAGCUGCACGACCCGCACCCGCACAACCCCUACUACGACUUCCUGUACGCGCUGCACAUCUCGCGACAACACUACAGGAAAGCGGCGGCAGUGAUGUACGAGCGAGCGGCGCGCUGCGCGGCGGAGCGCGGCGGCGCGGCGUGGCGGCGGCGCUGGCUGGCGGCCGCCGUCACGUGCCUGCGCCUCGCCGCGCCCGACCACGCCUUCAUCGCCAAGCCCUCGCCGCCCGCCGGCGCGCCCCGAGCGCUGCAGGUUCUUGGCCCUGAAGACUUGGCCGCUGAGCUACGCCAGGAAGUGCCGGAAGCCCUGGAUUCGGUGCAACAAGCGUUACUUAAAACAGAAAACAUAGACUUUGAAAGUUUAUAUCCAAAAUUAAAAGAAGCAGACGCAGAAACUUUAUUGGCGGUAACCAAGAGAGCGAUAAGCACGAGCCAAUUUCUGCCCAAAUGGUUCCUACAAAGAUUCAUGGAGGUGGAGGGGCGGCAGUGCGUGCGCGCGCUGCUGAGCGGCGGGCGCGCGCUGGAGGCGGGCGAGCUGUGCUGCGAGGCGCUGCGCACGGCGGCGCUGGCGCUGUGCCCGCCCGCGCCCGCGCCCCGCGCCGCGCCGCUCGCGCUCGCCGACCUGCUGCUCUGCGAGCUGCCGCACCACAUCCACCAGCCGCACGUCAAACAGGUAUACAAUGACUUGAAGUACCUUGUGGAGGAGUACAUGAAGAUUGUAGAACGCAAGUCAGAAGAUAUGAAGUUGGUACAAAUUAAAACACAUGUGUAAUUUUGCUACGUUUUUCUUUAUUGAAAUAAAAUAAUUGUCUUUGCAAA